AUGUCUUCUCUCUUUGGGGGAGGUGGUGGGUCAGGGCAAGGCUCGCAAUCCCAGCCUACUGGCCCGCCCUUGAAUCCGUCCGCACCGGUCAAUGAUUCUUGCAAAGCCUUGCCGUUCACGAAGGAUACUUGGAAUAAGCUAGGACUCGAUCACUAUCUCCAAACAUAUCCCGGUGGGGCAAAUUUGAGCGUAAAGGCGUACGCCGAAUCAAAGCGCGCCCCAAGUUUCGACUGUGGAGUUGGAAACCGGUGCCACGCAGGACAACUUUGCCAACCUGUCGGGCUACCUGAUUGGUACAUUCUGUUUGCCAUACAGCAGUGGAAUACACAUAUCAAUGGUUUGGUCCAAGCUUUGACCUUUGGUAUCAAUUUCGUACAAGCGGUCGAUCUCGCCACUCUUGAGCAUCUUAAGCUCGAUCUGAGUGUCAAUGGAGCUUUCUUCAUGGUCUCCAACACCCUCCUUAUCGAUAUCAUGGCAUUUUUCAACUCUUUCCAAGGACUCGUUGGUGAUAUCUUCAACAUCGGUGGUAACCUUAUGACCGCAGCAUUUGAAUUUGCUGGUGGCGCUAUCCGUCUCCCACCAGGACCUGAGCGUGACGCGUUCACAUCUUGGGCACACCUCUCGAACACUUUCGCAGCUUACGAAAAGCAAGUGAUAGGGAGAAUCUCGGAAGUGGUCGCCGGAACCCUUGAAAAAGGAAUAAGCGCCAACGAUGGGAUUUAUGGUGCUAUUUCUAACGGAACCUACAUCACCCCCGAGCCUUCAAUAUUUCUUCCCCUUUUGGCCGAUGAACUCAAAAAUGUUACCACUGUACUUUCAUUGGUAGCAAUUCUCAAAUCGAUGGAUUCAUUUGUCACCAUCGGAUCGGAUCUUUGUAACGGAGAUGGAAAAAAUGGAGCAUUACCGGGAAAUGAUGUGUUAUCAUACUGCGAUCCUGAAGGAACGAUGUAUAACAUUGUCAGAGUAUCCGAUGACAAGGAGGAGAGAAAAUUUGAGAACGCUCACGUAAUUGAAGAAGAAUUUGGCUACACUACUCAGUUUUUGACCAAUGCCUCUAUCAGUUGUCAAAACAAAUUUGGCGGAUUUGGUCACCCUCCAAACGCAACGAUAUAUACGCCAUCAUAA